CAUUUCUGAGAGCGAGUGCAGUUGCACAAUUGAGCAUCCUGUAGUAAAUCACACAUUGGACCCGUACCAUGCGACAAGCGAACAUUGUGAAGGACUGAAAAGAAAUAAAGUCUAAAUUCUCUUCAGAAUUCAAAUGUCACCAGCGUGUGGAAUGCUUCGAAACAGUCAAUCAUUUUGGGAAGCAGUUGGUUGUUUUUCCUAUCACUCGAUAUCACUGCUGAGCCUUUGUACUGAAUGACUUAAUAAUGUCAGAAGAGCGAGGAAAGGACUUGGGCUCUAAGAUGAGUCUCUUAGAGAAACAGGGUGAAAAGUCAGAUAUGUUCAGCUCUGUGUCUGUGAAGAGUGACCAUUCAAUAGGUGUACCACCACAAUUGAGUGACAAAACACCAUCAUCAACCAAAAGUGUAAGAUCAGGCUCACAUGUGUCCAGCUCUGUGUCUAUGAAGAGUAACCGUUCAAUAGGUUUACCACCACAAUUGAGUGACAAAACACCAUCAUCUACAACAAGUGGAAGAUCAGGCUCACAUGUGUCCAGCUCCGUGUCUAUGAAGAGUGACCAUUCAAUAGGUGUACCACCACAAUUCAGUGACAAAACACCAUCAUCUGCAACAAGGAAAAAAUCAUUCUCCCGCUCUGCUUCCUUGGAGAGUGACCAUUCAAAAGGUGGUGGACCGAACUCCAGCGAGAGAAAAACAUCAUUUGCUAAAAGGGAAAGAUUAGGCUCUGUUGAGUCCAGCUCAGUGUCUAUGAGGAGUGACAGUUCAAAAGAUGGUGCACUGCCGAACUUCAGAGAGAAAACAACAUCUAUCAAAAGUAUCAAAGAACAAAAGACCACAGUGAAUAUUGGUGCAGAAAUUGUACGGUGGAAAAGUCUAAAGAAUCAAAAGGGAAUGAACAGUGAUGUGGAACUGGCAUCUUUUCUACUCAACAGGAUUCAGUGUGAAAAAAAAACAGACUUUCAGAGUAACCGCUUCAAAAACUUCAGAGAAAAUCUCACCUGGGUCUUUCAGGACCUUGAGCACAAAAUAAUUGUAUUCCUAAAGAAUGAGCUGGAAAGGUUUAAGAAAAUACUAAAAAAAGAGAACACCCAAUACUUUGUGCAGGACUUCAUGGAGGAUACGUGUAGUAUCAAAGACGCAGCUCUUGAUAUCACUCUCCACUUCCUAAAAAUUAUGAAGCAAGAUGAACUUGCAGAUACUCUAAAAGAUGAGCUUGUCUUCAUUCAUCAACGACAACUUAAAUCAAACCUAAAGAAGAAGUAUCAAUGUGUGUUUGAAGGAAUUGCAAAGCACGGUGACUUCACACUUCUGAAUAGCAUCUACACAGAUCUCUAUAUCACUCAGGGUGGCAGUGAACAGGUCAAUAAUGAACAUGAAGUAAGACAGAUUGAGAAGUCCAGGCGUGCUGAAUCACAAGAGAUACCGAUUGAAUGCACAAAUUUGUUUGAAUCACCUGAACAAGACAAGGAGAUCAGAACUGUACUGACAAAAGGAGUUGCUGGCAUUGGCAAAUCCAUCUCUGUGCAAAAGUUUAUUCUGGAUUGGGCCGAAGGAAAAGAAAAUCAAGAUAUCAGCUUCAUAUUUCCUCUUCCAUUCAGAGAGAUGAACUUAAAGGAGAAAGAAAACCAAAGUUUGAUGAACCUUGUAAGUGAGUUUUUCCCAGAGGUAAAAGGACUGAAUCUUACAAGAAAUGAUAAAUUCAAAGUCCUGUUCAUUCUUGAUGGAUUGGAUGAAUGUCGCCUUCCUUUAAACUUUGGCAAUGAGACGUGGCGUGAUGUAUCAUCACCAGCCUCUCUGGAUGUUCUCCUAACGAACCUCAUCAAGGGAAAUCUGCUUCCUUCUGCUCUCAUCUGGAUCACCACCAGACCAGCAGCUGCCUGUAAGAUUCCUCCGGACUGUAUCAAACGUGUGACAGAGGUCAGAGGGUUCAAUGAUGCACAAAAGGAGGAGUACUUCAGAAAAAGAUUCACAGAUGAGAAAAUGAGAAAAGAUAUCAUUGAUCAUGUUAAAAAAUCAAAGAGUCUCUUUAUCAUGUGCCACAUCCCAGUCUUCUGCUGGAUUUCAGCCACUGUUCUCCAGAACAUUUUGGAGGAGAAAAGAAAUAAUGAUGUGAAAAACAAUCAGGCUAAUAACAUCUCUAAAACACUGCAGGAAUCAAAUACUGAAGACAUUCCCAAAACUCUGACACAAAUGUACACACACUUUCUCCGCUUUCAAAUCCAGCAGAGUCGGCGAAAGUAUGAUGGAGAAUACACACCAGAUGUUUCCUGGGAUAAAGAAGCCAUCCUUUCACUGGGGAAACUGGCAUUUCGACAGCUGGAAAGAAACAACCUGAUCUUCUAUGACACAGACCUGGAAGCCUGUGGUAUUGACGUUAAUAAGGCAUCAGUGUACUCAGGCAUGUGUACCCAGAUCUUUAAGGAAGAAACAGGGAUCAUUCUUGGUACCAUGUACUGCUUUGUUCACAUGAGCAUUCAGGAGUUUAUUGCAGCCCUUUAUGCACAUCUGUUUCUAGACAUCAACAAGAAAAAUGUGUUUGAUCAAGAGUCUACAGAACAACGAAACAAAAAUGAAGCCAUGAUUGAUUUGCUGGAAGCUGCAGUGAAUAAGGCGCUCGAGAGUGAAAUUGGACAUCUGGAUCUUUUCCUUCGAUUCCUUCUUGGUUUAUCACUUGAGUCUAAUCGUCCACUCUUACAAGGACUGCUGACACAUCAAGACAGUUAUGCCCAGAGCAAUGAGGUCAUAGUUCAGUACAUCAAGCAAAAGUUAGGAGAAAAUUUAUCUCCAGAAAGGUCCAUCAAUCUGUUCUACUGUCUGAAUGAACUGAAUGACCAAACUCUGGUUAAAGACAUUCAAACACAACUUAGCAAAGGAAGUCUCUCAUCUGCUGACCUUUCACCUGCCCAGUGGUCUGCUUUGGCCUUUGUGUUGUUGACAUCAGAGGAGGAGCUGGAGGACUUUGAGCUUCAGAAAUUUAAGAAAUCAGACGAGUGUCUCAUUAGACUAUCAGAGGUCAUCAAAACCUCCAAAAGAGCUCUGUUAAAUGACUGUAACUUAACAGACAAAAGUUGUUCAGCUCUGGCCACAGUUCUUGGAUCAGAUACCAGUCUGAAAGAGCUGAACAUGAACAAUAAUAAUCUGCACGAUUCAGGAGUGGAGCUGCUUUGCACUGGACUGAAGAGUGUAAAGUGUAAAUUGGAGACACUUUGGCUCAGUGACUGUGAUCUAACAGAGAAAAGCUGUUCAGCUCUUGCUUCAGUUCUCAGUUCAGACUCCAGCUCUCUGAAGGAUCUUGAACUGAGCAAUAAUAAUCUGCAGGAUUCAGGAGUGAUGCUGCUUUGUGAUGGACUGAAAAAUAACAGUAAACUUGAGAAAAUCAGACUUUCAGACUGCAGUAUCACAGAAGAAGGUUAUAAAGCUCUGGCUUCAGCUCUGAGAUCAAACCCUUCACACCUGAUAGAGCUGGAUCUCACAGGAAAUGAUCCUGGACAAUCAGGAGUGAAGGAGCUCAGUGAUUUACUACAGGAUCAGAACUGUCAACUCAAGACACUGAGGUUUUUGGGUCCUGAUGCAGAAAAAGCCUGUAAAUAUCUGACUGAAGAUCUUCACAUUAAAAACCCGUUACUCCAGAGAGAGCUGAAUCUGAGUGGACGUGAACUAGGAGACACACGAGUGAAGCAGAUCUCUGCUCUGCUGCAGGAUAAACACUGUACAGUCAACAGACUGAUGCUGAAUAAUAACAGUAUUACAGCAGAAGGUUGUGCUGCUCUGACUUCAGCAUUUAAUUCAAACCCUUCAAACCUAGAGCUGGAUCUGAGUGCAAAUAAUCUAGGAAACUCAGGAAUUGAGGAGAUCUGUCCUCUGUUGGAAAAUACACAAUGCAGACUGACGAAACUGAAACUUUCAGACUGCAGUAUCACAGAAGAAGGUUAUAAAGCUCUGGCUUCAGCUCUGAGAUCAAACCCUUCACACCUGAUAGAGCUGGAUCUCACAGGAAAUGAUCCUGGACAAUCAGGAGUGAAGGAGCUCGAUGAUUUACUACAGGAUGAACACUGUAAAUUAAAGAUCAGGUUUUUGAAAAGUCCUGCUGCACAGGAAGCAUGUGACUAUCUCACUAAAGUUCUGGGUGAAAGUCCAUUAUUACUGACAGAACUGGAUCUGAGUGAAGAUAAAUUAGGAGAUCUGGAUGGAGAGAAGCUCUCUGCUUUUUUGAUGGACUCGCAUAGUAAAGUGGAGAAAAUCAAGCUGAAUAAUUGUGAUCUGACAGAGGAAAGCUGUUCAGUUCUAGCUACUGUUCUCUCCUCCAAAACCAUCCUGAAAGAGCUGAACCUGAACAACAGCCGUCUGCUGGACUCAGGAGUCAAACAGAUCUGUGAGGGACUGAAGAAUCCUGUGUGUGAGCUGAAGAUACUCAAUCUUUCAGACUGCAGUAUCACAGAAGAAGGUUAUAAAGCUCUGGCUUCAGCUCUGAGAUCAAACCCUUCACACCUGAUAGAGCUGGAUCUCACAAGAAAUGAUCCUGGACAAUCAGGAGUGAAGGAGCUCGAUGAUUUACUACAGGAUCAGAACUGUCAACUCAAGACACUGAGGUUUUUGGAUCCUGCUGCAGAUGAAGCCUGUCAGUAUGUGAGAGGAAUUGUGGGUAAAAACCCGUUACUCCUGAGAGAGCUGAAUCUGAGUAAACGUGAACUAAAAGACACACGAGUGCAUCAGAUCGCUGCUCUACUGCAGGAUAAACACUGUAAACUCAACACACUGAAGCUGUGUGAUUGUGAUCUAACAGAGGAAAGCUGUUCAGCUCUCGCUACAGUCCUGACAUCAAACUCCAGUCUGAAAGAGCUUGACAUCAGCAACAAUAACAUAAUGGAUUCAGGAGUGAAGAAACUCCAGAACGCAUUAGAAAAUACAAAAUGUACUCUGGAGAAACUCAGACUUUCAGACUGCAGUAUCACAGAAGAAGGUUAUAAAGCUCUGGCUUCAGCUCUGAGAUCAAACCCUUCACACCUGAUAGAGCUGGAUCUCACAGGAAAUGAUCCUGGACAAUCAGGAGUGAAGGAGCUCAGUGAUUUACUACAGGAUCAGAAGUGUCAACUCAAGACACUGAGGUUUUUGAGUCGUGCUGCAGAUGAAGCCUGUCAGUUUGUGAACAGAGUUCUGGGUGAGAAUCUGUUACUCCUGAGAGAGCUGAAUCUGAGUGAACAUAAACUAGGACCAUCAGGAUUGAAGAAACUUGCUGCUGUACUGCCAGAUAAACACUGUAAACUCAACACACUGAUUCUGAAUAACAGUGAUAUCACAGAUGAAGAUUGUCUUGUUCUGACUGCAGCUUUAAAUUCAAACCCAUCAAAUCUGACAGAGCUGAAUCUGAGUAGAACUAAACUCAGAGACUCAGGAUUGAAGAUCUUCUCUGCGCUGCUCAAGAAUGAACAGUGUCAACUGGAAAAGCUGAAGUUAAACUGCAGUAGUAUUACAGCAGAAGGUUGUUCUGUUCUGGCGUCAGAAUUUUGUUUAAACCUGAAAGAGCUGGAAGUGAAUGAAAAUAAACUAGGAGACUCUGGAGUAACAGAAAUCUCCACUCUACUGGGAAAUUCACAGUGUACACUGAAGAUACUCAGACUUUCAGACUGCAGUAUCACAGAAGAAGGUUAUAAAGCUCUGGCUUCAGCUCUGAGAUCAAACCCUUCACACCUGAUAGAGCUGGAUCUCACAGGAAAUGAUCCUGGACAAUCAGGAGUGAAGGAGCUCAAUGAUUUACUACAGGAUCAGAACUGUCAACUCAAGACACUGAGGUUUUUGGGUCCUGCUGCAGAUGAAGCCUGUCAGUAUGUGAGAGGAAUUGUGGAUGAAAACCCGUUACUCCUGAGAGAGCUGAAUCUGAGUGGACGUAAACUAGGAGACACACGAGUGAAUCAGAUCACUGCUCUACUGAGGGACAAACACUGUAAACUCAACACACUGAAACUUUCAGACUGCAGUAUCAGAGAAGAAGGUUAUAAAGCUCUGGCUUCAGCUCUGAGAUCAAACCCUUCACACCUGAUAGAGCUGGAUCUCACAGGAAAUGAUCCUGGACAAUCAGGAGUGAAGGAGCUCAAUGAUUUACUACAGGAUCAGAAGUGUAAACUCAAGACACUGAGGUUUUUGGGUCCUGCUGCAGAUGAAGCCUGUCAGUAUGUGAGAGGAAUUGUGAGUGACAACCCGUUACUCCUGAGAGAGCUGAAUCUGAGUAAAUGUGAACUAGGAGACACAAGAGUGCAUCAGAUCGCUGCUCUACUGCAGGACAAACACUGUAAACUCAACACACUGAUUCUGAAUAACAGUGAUAUCACAGCAGAAGGUUGUCGUGUUUUGACUGAAGCUUUAAAUUCAAACCCGUCAAAUCUGACAGAGCUGAAUCUGAGUGGGACUAAACUCAGAGACUCAGGAGUGAAGAUCUUCUCGACUCUGUUUGAGAAUGAACAAUGUAGACUGGAAAAGCUGAAGUUUAACUGCAUCAGUAUUACAGCAGAAGGUUGUGCUGCUCUGACUAAAGCUUUUAUUUCAAACCCUUCAAACCUGAUAGAGCUGGAUCUGAGUGCAAAUAAACUAGGAGACUCUGGAGUAACUCAAAUCUCCACUCUACUGGAAAAUUCACAGUGUACACUGAAGAUAAUCAGACUUUCAGACUGUAGUAUCAGUGAAGAAGGUUAUAAAGCUCUGGCUUCAGCUCUGAGAUCAAACCCUUCACACCUGGUAGAGCUGGAUCUCACAGGAAAUGAUCCUGGACAAUCAGGAGUGAAGGAGAUCAAUUAUUUACUACAGGAUCAGAACUGUAAACUCAAGACACUGAGGUUUUUGGAUCCUGAUGCAGAUGAAGCCUGUCAGUUUGUGACUGGAAUUGUGGGUAAAAACCCGUUACUCCUGAGAGAGCUGAAUCUGUGUGGACGUAAACUAGGAGACACACGAGUGAAUCAAUUCGCUGCUUUAUUGAAGGACAAACACUGUAAAAUCAACACACUGAUGCUGAAUAAUAACAGUAUUACAGCAGAAGGUUGUGCUGCUCUGACUUCAGCAUUUAAUUCAAACCCUUCAAACCUGAGAGAGCUGGAUCUGAGUGGAAAUAAACUAGGAAACUCAGGAAUGAAGAAGAUCUGUCCUCUUUUGGAAAAUACACAAUGCAAAAUGGAAAAACUGAAACUUUCAAACUGCAGUAUCACAGAAGAAGGUUAUAAAGCUCUGGCUUCAGCUCUGAGAUCAAACCCUUCACACCUGAUAGAGCUGGAUCUGAGUGGAAAUAAACUAGGAAACUCGGGAAUGAAGAAGAUCUGUCGUCUGUUGAAAAAUACACAAUGCGGAUUGACAAAACUGAAACUUUCAGACUGCAGUAUCAGAGAAGAAGGUUAUAAAGCUCUGGCUUCAGCUCUGAGAUCAAACCCUUCACACCUGAUAGAGCUGGAUCUCACAGGAAAUGAUCCUGGACAAUCAGGAGUGAAGGAGCUCAGUGAUUUACUACAGGAUGACUCCUGUAAAUUAACCAUCAGGUUUUUGAAAAGUCCUGCUGCACAGGAAGCAUGUGACUAUCUCACUGAAGUUCUGGGUGAAAGUCCAUUAUUACGUACAGAACUGGAUCUUAGUGAAGAUAAAUUAGGAGAUCUGGAUGGAGAGAAUCUCUCUGCUCUUUUGAUGGACUCUCAUAACAAAGUGGAGAAAAUCAAGCUGAAUAAUUGUGAGCUGACAGAGGAAAGCUGUUCAGUUCUAGCUACUGUUCUCUCCUCCAAAACCAUCCUGAAAGAGCUGAACCUGAACAACAGCUGUCUGCUGGACUCAGGAGUCAAACAGAUCUUUGAGGGACUGAAGAAAUCAACACUGAAGAUACUCAAACUUUCAGACUGCAGUAUCACAGAAGAAGGUUAUAAAGCUCUGGCUUCAGCUCUGAGAUCAAACCCUUCACACCUGAUAGAGCUGGAUCUCACAGGAAAUGAUCCUGGACAAUCAGGAGUGAAGGAGCUUGAUGAUUUACUACAGGAUCAGAAGUGUCAACUCAAGACACUGAGGUUGUUACAAAGUCCUGAUGCAGAAAAAGCCUGUAAAUAUCUGACUGAAGAUCUUCACAAUGAAAACCCAUUACUCCUGAGAGAGCUGAAUCUGAGUGGACAUGAACUAGGAGACACACGAGUGAAUCAGAUCACUGCUCUACUGCAGGAUAAACACUGUAAACUCAACACAUUGAUGCUGCAUGAUUGUGGUCUAACAGAGAAAAGCUGUUCAGCUCUCGCUACAGUCCUGAGAUCAAACUCCAGUCUGAAAGAGCUUGACAUCAGCAACAAUAAUCUGCAGGAUUCAGGAGUGAAGAAACUCCAGAACGGAUUAGAAAAUACAAUAUGUACUCUGGAGAAACUCAGACUUUCAGACUGCAGUAUCACAGAAGAAGGUUAUAAAGCUCUGGCUUCAGCUCUGAGAUCAAACCCUUCACACCUGAUAGAGCUGGAUCUCACAGGAAAUGAUCCUGGACAAUCAGGAGUGAAGGAGCUUGAUGAUUUACUACAGGAUACAAAGUGUCAACUCAAGACACUGAGGUUUUUGGGUCCUGCUGCAGAUGAAGCCUGUCAGUUUGUGACUGGAAUUGUGGGUAAAAACCUAUUACUCCUGAGAGAGCUGAAUCUGAGUGGACGUGAACUAGGAGACACACAAGUGAAGCAGAUCGCUGCUCUACUGAAGGAUAAACACUGUAAACUCAACACACUGACGCUGAAUAAUAACAGUAUUACAGCAGAAGGUUGUGCUGCUCUGACUUCAGCGUUUAAUUCAAACCUGAUAGAGCUGGAUCUGAGUGGAAAUAAACUAGGAAACUCUGGAAUGGAGAAGAUCUGUCAUCUGUUGAAAAAUACACAAUGCAGAUUAGAGAAACUGAAACUUUCAGACUGCAGUAUCAGUGAAGAAGGUUAUAAAGCUCUGGCUUCAGCUCUGAGAUCAAACCCUUCACACCUGAUAGAGCUGGAUCUCACAGGAAAUGAUCCUGGACAAUCAGGAGUGAAGGAGCUCAAUGAUUUACUACAGGAUGAACGCUAUACAUUAAAGACCAUCAGGUUUCUGAAAAGUCCUGCUGCACAGGAAGCAUGUGACUAUCUCACUAAAGUUCUGGGUGAAAGUCCAUUAUUACGUACAGAACUGGAUCUGAGUGAAGAUAUAUUAGGAGAUCUGGAUGUAGAGAAGCUCUCUGCUCUUUUGAUGGACUCUCAUAGUAAAGUGGAGAAAUUCAAGCUGAAUAAUUGUGAGCUGACAGAGAAAAGCUGUUCAGUUCUAGCUACUGUUCUCUCCUCCAAAACCAUCCUGAAAGAGCUGAACCUGAACAACAGCCGUCUGCUGGACUCAGGAGUCAAACAGAUCUGUGAGGGACUGAAGAAUCCUGUGUGUCAGCUGAAGAUACUCAAUCUUUCAGACUGCAGUAUCAGUGAAGAAGGUUAUAAAGCUCUGGCUUCAGCUCUGAGAUCAAACCCUUCACACCUGAUAGAGCUGGAUCUCACAGGAAAUGAUCCUGGACAAUCAGGAGUGAAGGAGCUUGAUGAUUUACUACAGGAUCAGAAAUGUAAACUCAAGACCCUGAGGUUUUUGAGUUCUGCUGCAGAGGAAGCCUGUAAAUAUCUGACUGAAGAUCUUCACAUUAAAAACCCGUUACUCCUGAGAGAGCUGAAUCUGAGUAAACAUGAACUAGGAGACACACGAGUGAAUCAGAUCGCUGCUCUACUGCAGGAUAAACACUGUAAACUCAACGCACUGAUUCUGUGUGGAUGCAGGAUUACAGAGAAUCAGUGUUACACCCUGACUUCAGCUCUAUUUCCAAACCUUUCACACCUGAGAGAGCUGGACCUCAGUGGGAAUCAAAUAAAACAUACAGGAGCAAAGAACAUAUCUGAUGUACUGAAAGAUUCAUGCUGUCAGCUGGAGAGAUUGAGGCUGCGUAAUUGUGGUCUAACAGAGGAAAGCUGUUCAGCUCUCGCUACAGUCCUGAGAUCAAACUCCAGUCUGAAAGAGCUUGACAUCAGUAACAAUAAUCUGCAGGAUUCAGGAGUGAAGAAACUCCAGAACGGAUUACAAAAUACAAACUGCACACUGGAGAAACUCAGACUUUCAGGCUGCUGUAUCACAGAAGAAGGCUAUAAAUCUCUGGCUUCAGCUCUGAGAUCAAACCUUUCACACCUGAUAGAGCUGGAUCUCACAGGAAAUGAUCCUGGACAAUCAGGAGUGAAGGAGCUUGAUGAUUUACUACAGGAUCAGAAAUGUAAACUCAAGACACUGCGGUUUUUGAGUCAUGCUGCAGAGGAAGCCUGUAAAUAUCUGACUGAAGAUCUUCACAUUAAAAACCCGUUACUCCUGAGAGAGCUGAAUCUGAGUAAACAUGAACUAGGAGACACACGAGUGAAUCAGAUCGCUGCUCUACUGCAGGAUAAACACUGUAAACUCAACGCACUGAUACUUUCAGACUGCAGUAUCACUGAAGAAGGUUAUAAAGCUCUGGCUUCAGCUCUGAGAUCAAACCCUUCACACCUGAUAGAGCUGGAUCUCACAGGAAAUGAUCCUGGACAAUCAGGAGUGAAGGAGCUCAAUGAUUUACUACAGGAUCAGAAGUGUAAACUCAAGACACUGAGGUUUUUGAGUCCUGCUGCAGAUGAAGCCUGUCAGUUUGUGAACAGAGUUCUGGGUGAGAAUCUGUUACUCCUGAGAGAGCUGAAUCUGAGUGAACAUAAACUAGGACCCUCAGGAUUGAAGAAACUUGCUGCUGUACUGCCGGAUAAACACUGUAAACUCAACACACUGAUUCUGAGUAACAGCGAUAUCACAGAUGAAGAUUGUCGUGUUCUGACUGAAGCUUUAAAUUCAAACCCAUCAAAUCUGACAGAACUGAAUCUGAGUGGGACUAAACUCAGAGACUCAGGAUUGAAGAUCUUCUCUGCGCUGUUCAAGAAUGAACAGUGUCAACUGGAAAAGCUGAAGUUAUACUGCAGCAGUAUUACAGCAGAAGGUUGUUCUGUUCUGGCGUCAGCAUUUUGUUUAAACCUGAAAGAGCUGGAACUGCAUGAGAAUAAACUAGGAAACUCUGGAGUAACAGAAAUCUCCACUCUACUGGGAAAUUCACAGUGUACACUAAAGAUACUCAGACUUUCAGACUGCAGUAUCACAGAAGAAGGUUAUAAAGCUCUGGCUUCAGCUCUGAGAUCAAACCCUUCACACCUGAUAGAGCUGGAUCUCACAGGAAAUGAUCCUGGACAAUCAGGAGUGAAGGAGCUCAAUGAUUUACUACAGGAUCAGAAGUGUCAACUCAAGACACUGAGGUUUUUGGGUCCUGCUGCAGAUGAAGCCUGUCAGUUUGUGAGAGGAAUUGUGGGUAAAAACCCAUUACUCCUGAGAGAGCUGAAUCUGAGUGGACAUAAACUAGGAGACACACGAGUGAAUCAGAUCUCUGCUCUACUGCAGGAUAAACACUGUAAACUCAACACACUGAUACUUUCAGACUGCAGUAUCACUGAAGAAGGUUAUAAAGCUCUGGCUUCAGCUCUGAGAUCAAACCCUUCACACCUGAUAGAGCUGGAUCUCACAGGAAAUGAUCCUGGACAAUCAGGAGUGAAGGAGCUCAAUGAUUUACUACAGGAUCAGAAGUGUCAACUCAAGACACUGAGGUUUUUGGGUCCUGCUGCAGAUGAAGCCUGUUGGUAUGUGAGAGGAAUUGUGGGUAAAAACCCGUUACUCCUGAGAGAGCUGAAUCUGAGUGGACAUGAACUAGGAGACACACGAGUGAAUCAGAUCGCUGCUCUACUGCAGGAUAGACACUGUACAGUCAACACACUGAUGCUGAAUAAUAACAGUAUUACAGCAGAAGGUUGUGCUGCUCUGACUUCAGCAUUUAAUUCAAACCCUUCAAACCUCAUAGAGCUGGAUCUGAGUGGAAAUAAACUAGGAAACUCUGGAAUAAUGAAGAUCUGCCAUCUGUUGGAAAAUACACAAUGCAGAUUAGAGAAACUGAAACUUUCAGACUGCAGUAUCAGUGAAGAAGGAUUUAAAACUUUGACUUCAUCUCUGAGAUCAAACUCAAACCUGAUAGAGCUGGAUCUCACAGGAAAUGAUCCUGGACGAUCAGGAAUAAAGGAGCUCAUUGAUUUACUGCGGCUUGAAUGCUGUAAAUUAAAAAACAUCAGGUUUCUGAAAAGUCCUGCUGCACAGGAAGCGUGUGAGUAUCUCACUAAAGUUCUGGGUAAAAGUCCAUUAUUACUGACAGAACUGGAUCUGAGUGAAGAUAAAUUAGGAGAUCUGGAUGGAGAGAAGCUCUCUGCUCUUUUGAUGGACUCUCAUUGCAAAGUGGAGAAAAUCAAGCUGAAUAAUUGUGAGCGGACACAGAAAAGCUGUUCAGUUCUAGCUACUGUUCUCUCCUCCAAAACCAUCCUGAAAGAGCUGAACCUGAACAACAGCCGUCUGCUGGACUCAGGAGUCAAACAGAUCUGUGAGGGACUGAAGGAAUCAACACUGAAGAUACUCAGACUGUCAGACUGCAGUAUCACAGAAGAAGGUUAUAAAGCUCUGGCUUCAGCUCUGAGAUCAAACCCUUCACACCUGAUAGAGCUGGAUCUCACAGGAAAUGAUCCUGGACAAUCAGGAGUGAAGGAGCUCAUUGAUUUACAGAGUUGGUGGUAUUCACUGAAAAGACUGAGGACACCACUGGUCUUCAAGUUUUUGGAUCCUGCUGCAGAUGAAGCCUGUCAGUAUUUGAGAAGUAUUGUUGGUCAAAACCCGUUACUCCUGAGAAAGCUGAAUCUGAGUGGACAUGAACUAGGAGACACACGAGUGAAGCAGAUCACUGCUCUACUGCAGGAUAAACACUGUAAACUCAACACACUCAUGCUGCGUGAUUGUGGUCUAACAGAGGAAAGCUGUUCAGCUCUCGCUACAGUCCUGAGAUCAAACUCCAGUCUGAAAGAGCUUGACAUCAGUAACAAUAAUCAGCAGGAUUCAGGAGUGAAGAAACUCCAGAACACAUUAGAAAAUACAAACUGCACACUGGAGAAACUCAGUCUGUCAGACUGCAGUAUCAGUGAAGAAGGUUAUAAAGCUCUGGCUUCAGCUCUGAGAUCAAACCCUUCACACCUGAUAGAGCUGGAUCUCACAGGAAAUGAUCCUGGACAAUCAGGAGUGAAGGAGCUCAAUGAUUUACUACAGGAUCAGAAGUGUCAUCUCAAGACACUGAGGUUUUUGGGUUCUGCUGCAGAUGAAGCCUGUCAGUAUCUGACUGGAAUUGUGGGUGAAAACCCAUUACUCCUGAGAGAGCUGAAUCUGAGUGAACAUGAACUAGUAGAUAGAAACGUGAAUCAGAUUACUGCCCUACUGAAGGAUAAACACUGUAAACUCAACACACUGAUGCUGAAUAAUAACAGUAUUACAGCAGAAGGUUGUGCUGCUCUGACUUCAGCAUUUAAUUCAAACCCUUCAAACCUGAUAAAGCUGGAUCUGAGUGGAAAUAAACUAGGAAACUCAGGAAUGGAGAAGAUCUGUCUUCUGUUGAAAAAUACACAAUGCAGAUUGGAGAGAUUGAAGCUGCGUGAUUGUGGUCUAACAGAGGAAAGCUGUUCAGCUCUCGCUACAGUCCUGAGAUCAAACUCCAGUCUGAAAGAGCUUGACAUCAGCAACAAUAAUCUGCAGGAUUCAGGAGUGAAGAAACUCCAGAACGCAUUAGAAAAUACAAACUGCACUCUAAAGAAACUCAGACUCUCAGACUGCAGUAUCACAGAAGAAGGUUAUAAAGCUCUGGCUUCAGCUCUGAGAUCAAACCCUUCACACCUGAUAGAGCUGGAUCUCAAUGGAAAUGAUCCUGGACAAUCAGGAGUGAAGGAGCUCAGUGAUUUACUACAGGAUCAGAACUGUCAACUCAAGACACUGAGGUUUUUGGGUCCUGCUGCAGAUGAAGCCUGUCAGUAUAUGAGAGGAAUUGUGGGUAAAAACCUGUUACUCCUGAGAGAGUUGAAUCUGAGUGGACGUAAACUAGGAGACACACGAGUGAAUCAGAUCGCUGCUCUACUGCAGGAUAGACACUGUAAACUCAACACACUGACACUGAAUAAUAACAGUAUUACAGCAGAAGGUUGUGCUGCUCUGACUUCAGCAUUUAAUUCAAACCCUUCAAACCUGAUAGAGCUGGAUCUGAGUGGAAAUAAACUAGGAAACUCUGGAAUAAAGAAGAUCUGUCCUCUGUUGAAAAAUACACAAUGCAGAUUGAUGAAACUGAAACUUUCAGAUUGCAGUAUCACAGAAGAAGGUUAUAAAGCUCUGGCUUCAGCUCUGAGAUCAAACCCUUCACACCUGAUAGAGCUGGAUCUCACAGGAAAUGAUCCUGGACAAUCAGGAGUGGAAUACCUCAUUAAUGUACAAAAGACUUUGUGCCGUUCACUGAAAACACUAAGGAUAUUACAAAGUCCUGCUGCAGAUGAAGCCUGUCAGUAUGUGAGAGGAAUUGUGGGUAAAAACCCGUUAUUCCUGAGUGAGCUGAAUCUGAGUGGAUGUAAACUAGGAGACACACGAGUGAAUCAGAUCGCUGCUCUAUUGAAGGAUAAACACUGUGAAAUCAACACACUGAUGCUGCGUGAUUGUGGUCUAACGGAGGAAAGCUGUUCAGCUCUCACUACAGUCCUGAUAUCACACUCCAGUCUGAAAGAGCUUGACAUCAGCAACAAUAAUCUGCAGGAUUCAGGACUGAAGAAACUCCAGAACGCAUUAGAAAAUACAAACUGCACACUGGAGAAACUCAGACUUUCAGACUGCAGUAUCAGAGAAGAAGGUUACAAAGCUCUGGCUUCAGCACUGAGAUCAAACCCUUCACACCUGAUAGAGCUGGAUCUCACAGGAAAUGAUCCUGGACAAUCAGGAGUGAAGGAGCUCAAUGAUUUACUACAGGAUCAGAACUGUCAACUCAAGACACUGAGAUUUUUGAGAAGUCCUGCUGCAGAGGAAGCCUGUAAAAAUUUGACAGAACUUGUGGGUAAAAACCCGUUACUCCUGAGAGAGCUGAAUCUGAGUGGACAUGAACUAGGAGACACACGAGUGAAUCAGAUCACUGCUCUACUGCAGGAUAAACACUGUACAGUCAACACACUCACUCUGUGUGGAUGCAGUUUUACAGAGAAACAGUGUUACACCCUGACUUCGGCUCUAUUUCCAAACCUUUCACACCUGAGAGAGCUGAACCUCAGUGGGAACCAACUAAAAAAUACUGGAGCAAAGAACAUAUCUGCUGUACUGAAAGAUUCACGCUGUCAUCUGGAGAGAUUGAGGUUAAGAGGUUGUGAUAUGACAGAUAAAGGUUGUUCUGCUGUGGCUUCAGCUCUGAGAUCAAACCCGUCACACCUGAGAGAGCUGGACCUGAGCGGGAAUAAACCAGGAGACUCUGGAUUUAAAGACCUCAGUGAUCUACUGAUGAACCCACAAUGCAAACUGGAAAAUCUACAAUUGUGUAAAUGCAAUAUUAAAGAGAAGCAGUGUGUCUUCCUGACUUCAGCUCUGAGAUCAAACCCGUCACACCUGAGAAAGCUGAACUUCAGUGGGAAUCAAAUAGAAAACAAAGGAGUGGAGAUCUUAUGUGAAGUACUGAAGGAUUCACGCUGUAAACUGGAGAGAUUGAGUCUAAAUGAGUGUGGCAUCACAGAUGUUUCUUCUUUAACUCAGUCUUUGACAAACACAAAAGCACUGCAGUUUUUAAAAGAGCUUGAUCUGAGUAAAAAUAACAUUGGAUCCUCCAGGCAGAAGCUCAUUGACCUGAUACAAGACUCAAGCUGUAACCUGAGCCUAGAGGAAGAAGGCUGGAUUAGCUGGAACACUGCUGCAAACGUGUUCAGUAGCAUUGGUGGAUUGUUUACUUGGUCUAAAGCCCAGGAGGAUCCUGUGAAAUCAGCAGCACAAGAAAAGCCACCAUCGGAUGAAAGAUCCUCAGAAGGUAAAUUAGAAGAGGACGAUACGCAGGAAUAUGAGUUUCCAGUAUAAGACCUUCUUCAUAAUGAUGUUGGGAUUAAACUCAUCCAUGAUGAAGGAAUUAAAACAUUGCUAAUUGUAAUUGUCAGAUUUAGCAAUUAAAUAUAUUAAAUGAUAUAAACAGUUUAAAACUAAAAUGACAUCAUUGUGUGAUACAUGCAAAGAUUUAAAUCAGUCCUAUCUGUCAUAUGUAUAUAUUUCUUUGUAUAAUUAUUUUACUUUGAUCUGUUUUACAAUUAUAUUCCUCUUACA